AUCGUAAACAAACAAAAUGGCGGCCACCUAUAGUUCUCCUCAAGUAGUGCCUCCUCCAAGGCUAGAGCAUUAUGUUAUCACCGAGAAAUUAGGCCAGGGAACAUACGCAACUGUAUAUAAGGCAUUCAAAAAGGGUAACACCAGAGAUGUGGUUGCAAUCAAGUGCAUUCAAAAAAGUUCCCUAAGCAAGACUUCAACAGAAAAUUUACUCACUGAGAUUGAAUUACUCAAGAAACUUGAUCACGAGCAUAUUGUCAAAUUGAAAGACUUUGUGUGGAAUGAUCAAUACAUUUUCCUCAUAAUGGAGUAUUGCAGUGGUGGUGACUUAUCCAGGUUUAUUCACAGCAGAAGAGGUCUACCUGAGCCUAUUGCUAAGAAAUUUUUACAACAGUUAGCUCUUGCACUUCAAUUUCUGAAUGUGAACAACAUAGCUCACAUGGAUCUUAAGCCUCAGAAUUUGCUGUUAUCAGACCCACAAAAUCCUGUUCUAAAAUUGGCAGAUUUUGGUUUUGCACAGUAUUUACAUAGUGGAGAGGAGACAAAGACACUGAGAGGAUCCCCUCUGUACAUGGCGCCAGAGAUGAUCUGUUCAUUAAAAUAUGAUGCCAGGGUAGAUUUGUGGUCUGUGGGUGUUAUCCUCUAUGAGGCACUGUUUGGUGUGGCACCUUUUGCCUCUGGGUCUUUUGCAGAACUUGAAACGAAGAUUCGAUCUUCAGCUCCUAUAGAGCUCCCUGUUGGGACCAAAGUGUCACAAGAUUGUCAGGAUCUCAUGUUGGCCUUGCUACAGAGAGAUCCCAUGGACAGAAUCUCCUUUGAGGAUUUCUUUGCACAUCCUUUUCUUGAUCUAGAACAUGUCCCAUCACCAUCCUGCUUAGGGAGGGCUGUUAAGCUUGUGACUGAGGCCAUUAAAAUGGAUGAUGCUGGUGAUUUAAAAGGAGCUGCAAAACUCUACUGUGAAGCUAUGGCUUUUUUUUUACCAGCCAUUGAGUAUGAAAAGGACCCAGAGAUGAAAACAAAAUUGCGAGAGAGGGUGAAUCAGUACAUGAACCGAGCAGAAGAACUGAAACAGUGUUUUAAGACAAAAGCACAUAGUAGCCCUGAUGAGCUACUAGCGCGUUACAGCAGUGAACACCCUGAGUUGAAAGAAGCCCUUCACCUUGCAAAUAUCGCGGAAAUAAGAGAUGAGCAUGGAGCUUAUGACAGUGCACUGGAACAGUAUCAGUUGGCAUUGGAGGCACUUUUACCUAUAUUAUCAGGUACACCUCGUGGAUCGUACAAGGAAGCAGUGCAUUUAGAGGUGGAAAAGUAUAUGAAACGAGCUGAAGAAAUCAAGCUUUACCUUAAGCUGAGUAAAGAAAAAAUCAGCGUUGUCGGAGAAGAACAGCCAAGGUGUGUACUACAGUGAGAGCCAACUCAAGUUUUCCCAUGGAAACCGGAAGAGGGUGCUCGAUUGUGAUGCUUUAUACAUCUCGUGCUCAACAUGAGAAGCCUAACUUUAUGCCAACGGAUAGCGAGCCGGCGGAUGUAGGGUUUGUGUAACAGGAUGUUGAAAUCAAGGCUACGGAAAUGUGUACAGACAAAGACUAUUGUGCCAUAUUUCUCAACUUGAGACGCUGCUGGAGCCCAAGCACAUAAAAAUUCGCUUCAAGUGUUUCUGAAGUGUUAUUACCAGUGAUGAAGUGAUUAAUGUGUGACCACUGGUGACAAUGUUUCUUUAUCAUUGAAAGAACUUUGAAACGCAUAGGAAUACUUGAUACUUCUUCAAGAUAAAGUGAUGUUAUCUUUCAAUUUGUUUUUCUCUGCUAGAUUUGUUUGAACGCAUAAGACUUUGUACUUACAAGUUAUAUCAGUAGAAUGAUAUUAGCUACUUUAAAAAACGUUAUGCUGACUAGAUGUUUAGUUUUAGUAUGUGACAUACUGGCCGCGUAUAGCCUUAACAAAGAGAGUUUUAAAAAUUCACAAUUGUUACAGCCUUACAAUAACAACAAAAUAGAUUUUUGAAGUAUUUAUCUCUCCUUUAAUAACUUAAGGUAUAAUCGCCUCAUAAAUUUUCCCAUCCAAAAACCCGUCUCAGUUACUACUACUGGGAAGGGAAUGCGUAAUAUUGUUUUUAAUCUGGCUUAUCAUUGAGAAAACUAAACAGACAGUAGAAAGCUUUUGAGUCUGAUUGGUCAGGAAAUGUCACGCCAUCCCAUCGACCAAUCAGAUUUAAAACUAAAAUCAGUCGUGACUUGGUCACUCGCGUUUUCCCGCGCUUCAUGAGUUAGCUUGUUUACACUUUAGUUCUCUUUGGCUCCUUGCGAAAUGUUCCUUCCCUCUGAUUGGCUGUUGUAUUUACUUGGGC